AGGAGGGUAUAAAGGAAGACGCUCCCAAGCCGCUGUGUUUCUUAGUCUCCUUCCAAGACUUGAUUACAGUUUGGCAAUUCCAGAGGGCGGACAAUCUCGCCCAAGCAGCCCACGUCAUGCUAAACUACAUCCCCGACACAGGAAUUUUUGCCAGACUCCUAUCCCCUUCGACUAGGCUGCUUGGAUCGACGACUCUUCUGGUUUCCCAAUACAUGGGGGUCAUCGUUGACCGGUUCGGCGCUACUGCUUGGCCAACGAGAAGGCUCAUGCCAAGGCCGAAGGCUUCAAGUAGAUGGGGAAAAAACAAAGAGAAUGUCAUUGGCGAUCAAAUGACAGAUCUUCAACUUGAUUGGGAAGAUGAAUGGCCUCUCGUUGGAGCUAGAAAAGACCAACGAUGGUGA